CUCACGAUGGCGAUAUUGUUAUUUCACCAAUCUUGGGUAUACUUCUCGGAGCUACUUUAACAGUAAUAAUAGUGAUCAUUCUGGUGAUUGUAAGGAUCAAAAGAACCCAGGGUUGCCCAGGGGUAGGAACACUAGAACACAAGAGCUCUGUUGGACCGACUAAUCACAACACAAUUUCUUCUACAAAACCUUUGUUAAGGAGCACCUCACCAAGAGAUAUAGAUGAAAGAGAUCCGGAUGUUAUUCCUGCAAAAUUUGGCUCCCCCGAAGGCGACAGUGACAGACACGUCGGGACAUUAAACGGUCCCCAAGCUGUGCCGGCCAGGAAUCUCUCGCCAUCCGCAAUCUCUUCGCCCCCCAACUACGCUCAGAAAGUGGUCAUCCCGGCUGCCCAAUGGGUUAGCCCAGUAAGUGCAGCUUCAGCGACGGAUCAGUAUCACCAAUAUAACAACCCAGUAGCCAUGGUCGGAGGAACAUUUCCAAGAGAAUCAAGGCCAAAAGAUCUCCGCCUGGGAAACGGCAGUUCCACCCUCCAGAGAGUCACCGAUUUGGAACUCAACGGCAUCGCCAUCAAGGAAAGACUAAUGGCAAAUCGGCUUCCGGAAAGUUGUGUUUAAGAAGAUGCUUAGAGUAGUAUGUUGUGUUGGUUGGUUUGCCGUCCCGAUGAAUAAUGUGAAGUGGUGGAAUUUUCUUUCGUUUCUAACAGUAUUUACUGUAUCAAAGAUGUCAACUGAGUUAUUUAUCGAGCAAUUCAGAAUAUUCCCUAAAUAACAUCAAUCUUAUAAUAGAACUUUCAGGUUAUCCAAUUUCGAGGAUCGGCAGUUUUUCGAUCAAAUCAGAUAAUAGUUGAGGAUUGUUCAAAUAUCGUUGAUUGUUCAUACUCAUCACCGUCAUAACAAAUUUUAUACAGAAUUUGAAAAGUCAACAAUUGAAUAUGGUUUGUCACUUCAAACAGUUGGAUUUUUUCUGGCUAUCUUGAUCAAGUUAUUUUCAAUAACACCUGGUCGUUCAAAACGUU